AUGGCUCCCACCACACCAGCACCCUUCUCCGAACCGCUUCUCCCCCAGCUCGACCUCCCCGCAAACCCAUACUAUACCGAGAAACACCACCGUCUCCGCGCCUUUGUCCGCAACUACGUCGACACAGCAAUCGCACCCUAUGCACAAGAAUGGGAGAUAGCAGGUCAAGUGCCUGACGACGUCCGUCGACGAUACUGCCAGCUGGGGUUUGCGAUCACCCACCCUGUCGUUGAUCCAGCCGAUGCGGGCGGUAUUCAGCAGCCUGCUGGGAUCCCAUACGACGAAUGGGAUACCUGGUGCAGUGUCAUUGUAGGUGACGAGUUCAAUCGACUGGGUUGGUGCGGUCCAAUAUGGGGCUUGAAUGGGGGCGGGAGUAUCGGCCUUCCGCCAAUCUCGAGGUAUGGAACGAAAGAACAAAGACAAAGGUGGCUACCGAAAGCUGCCAGGGGGGAGAUCAGGUUCUGUCUGGGGAUUACGGAGCCGGACGGAGGAAGUGAUGUGGCCAAUAUAAGGACGACUGCGGAGAGAAGAGGAAACAUCUACAUCGUGAACGGUAGCAAGAAAUGGAUCACCAAUGGAAUCUGGUGCGACUUCGUUACGGCUGCUGUGAGAACCGGUGGACCUGGCCAUGGAGGUAUCAGCCUGUUGGUUGUACCGCUGAAAGCCAAGGGCGUUACAACGAGACGAAUGGAGAAUCAAGGAGUCAACGCAAGCGGAUCUACUUUUAUCACUUUCGAAGAUGUCGAAGUUCCAGUUGAUAAUCUCAUCGGCCAAGAAAACAGGGGAUUCCAACUGAUCAUGUCGAACUUCAAUCCGGAGCGCUUAUCUUUGGCCACCGCCGCACUCCGUCUCGCCCGAGUUUGCGCUCAAGAUGCAUACACUUAUGCCUGUGAGCGCGAAACCUUUGGCAAGAAACUCAUUGAACAUGCUCCCAUCAAGUCAAAGAUUGCCUCUUUCGGGCUUCUAAUUGAGCCCGCCCAUGCAUUCCUAGAGCAGCUGUGCUACAUCAUUGAAACGUCCCGCGUUACAGGGAAGGAGGUCAACGUUGGCGGCAUGACUGCCUUGUUGAAGGUGAUGAGCACGAGGUGCCUGGAGAAAGUCUGCCGAGAGGCUCAACAGAUCAUGGGCGGAGCUGGCUAUUCCAAGACUGGGCGAGGUGCUCGGAUCGAGCAGAUCAGUCGGGAUGUGCGUGUCCAUGUCGUUGGCGGUGGUAGUGAAGAGAUCAUGCUUGACCUCGCUGUCCGUCAGGAGGCGAGGGAUGUCAAGCUGAGAGCUGCUAGGCUUGCAGCGAGCUCAAAGCUAUAA